UUCAUGCCUGCUAUGUAAUCGAUCCACCAAAACUUAACCCGAAGAUACGAUCGCCAGCAGUCAACCGACGAAAGAUGUACGAUCCGAAUACCAAAGAGUCAGGUGAUGACAACGAUAAGAGCGUCGCAAACAGCAAGAGCGGCUCGCUCGAGCAUGGCCGUACCUCAGCACCUGACUCUGAUGCCGAUGACUUCCAACCCGGAAAAAAGAAAAAGACUGGUGUUGAUCGGCCGGGGGGAGAUGCUCCUGUUGCAGAGGACUAUACUGUGGGCUGGGUGUGUGCCCUCCCGCUGGAAAUGGCUGCCGCAAAAGGGAUGCUCGAUCAGCUUCAUCCGAACUUGCCCUGGCAGGAUCCAGCCGACCAUAACAGCUACGUCUUGGGUCAGGUCCAAGGCCACAACGUCGUCAUCGCCUGCCUGCCUGCAGGCAUCCAUCGAAUAACACCAGCUGCCAAGGGCACGAAGGACUUGCUGCGGACCUUCAAGUCAAUCCGGUUCGGCUUGAUGGUUGGAAUCGGCGGUGGUGUACCGUCGCGAAAACAUGACAUCCGGCUGGGCGACAUCGUGGUUAGCCAACCCGCUGAAACAAGUGGAGGUGUUAUCCAGUACGAUCGGGGGAAGACAGUGCAGGUGGGAGAGUUCCAAUGCACAGGAUCGCUCAACGCACCACCCCAGGUCCUAUUAGCCGCCCUGAGUCGUCUCCAGGCCGACCACCUAAUCGAAGACAGCAGAAUCCCCCACUUUCUAUCUGAACUUGUCAGCAAAAGCCCUAAAAAGAUGAAAAAUAAAUUCGGUCAUCAAGGUGCUCUCUACGAUUAUCUCUUCCAAGCAGAAUAUGACCACGUGAGUCCAGAUUCUACUUGUGAUCAGUGUGAUCAUACGCAGACGAUUCAGCGGGACGACAGAGAUAACACAGACCCGGUUAUUCAUUACGGCAACAUUGCCUCAGGCAAUCAGGUAAUCAAGCAUGGAAAGACACGCGACGAGUUAAGUAAAGAGCUUGGGGUGCUCUGCUUCGAGAUAGAGGCUGCAGGACUACAAGAUUUCCCAUGCCUAGUCAUCCGUGGUGUUUGCGACUACGCGGACUCUCACAAUAACAAACGGUGGCAAGAAUACGCAGCUGCAACAUCGGCCGCGUUUGCAAAGGAGCUUCUCUCAGUCAUACCGCCAGAUAGGGUCCUGCAGGAGACGCCUAUACCGCAACUAGUGUCUGAUCCUCACCUCUAUAAGCUUGUUUCUAACACAAAUGCGGCCAUCUCGGCACAGACGCAGAAGCAGGAGGUCAGAUACAAGAGCCAAAAACAGGUUGAUUGCCAUCGAAUGUUUAGAACGAGCGCAUAUGAGAGGUUCAAGAACAUCAACCCUGAUCGAGUCCCGGGCACAUGCAAAUGGGUGUUAGAGCAUGCACGAUACAAGAAAUGGCAGCACAGCCGUCAGGAUGACCUCCUUUGGAUUUCGGCUGGCCCAGGCUGUGGAAAGUCUGUAUUGGCCAAAUCCCUUAUUGACGAGGAGAUACAACAAUCCAACGAGCAUACAGUGUGCUACUUCUUCUUUAAGGACAACGAGGACCAAAAUAGACUCGCGACAGCCUUAUGUGCUCUUCUUCAUCAGCUUUUCUACUGUCAACCACUCCUUAUCCGCCAAGCUAUGGCGGCCUUUGAAAAGAACGGAGAGAAACUGCAGACUGAAGUGGAUGAGCUGUGGCGUAUCUUUAUAGCGGCUGGCAAGGACGAUCAAGCAGUCAGUGUUACUUGUGUUCUGGACGCUUUGGACGAGUGCUGCCUUGAUGACCGACGAAAACUCAUUCAGUUUCUAACGAACUUCCAUAACCACCCAAAAAUGUCGACGAGAAAGUCUCAACUCAAGUUCCUUGUGACUAGUCGACCACAUCAGGAUAUUGAAGCUGAGUUUCGUAACAUUCCUGAGCCUCAAACGAUUCGUCUGGCUGGAGAAGAGAGUAAUGCUGACAUCAGCGAGGAAAUCAACCUCGUCAUUCGACACGAGGUAGCCACAGCCGGGCAUAAACUCGGAAUGAGUCAGGAAGUGCAAGAUAUGUUGCAAGAAAAGCUCUUCUCAGUUCCGCAUCGAACAUAUCCCUGGCUUCACCUUGUAAUGGAUGAGAUUUCUCACAGCCAGGUGUGGCCAAAAAGUGCGUUCAUCAAGACGAUCAACACUCUCCCAACCAAGGUGGAAGAUGCGUACGAGAACAUAUUAGGCCGCCUUAACUCCAAUCAACGAAGAGAGACGCAGGCUUCCACAAGAGAACUUGAACCAGAGUCCUUUUGGUCAGAUCUUCCACGCGAAAAUCAGUUUCAACUUACACCGUUAGAUGCCCACACAAUUUUCACCGAAAGUGACGGUAUUUCCAAUAUGGCUAGCGAAAUAUUCAGCGGAGGUCUCGUCUCUACGAAGCCAUCGUCACUUGAGGGAGACAUCAAUGCCGUUGACGAGGAUAACGCAACAAGACAGAGAGCCAAGACUUUCUAUAAUCACACGCAGAUCGAAAAUUACCGCGAUGAUGUCGAUGACGAAAUCAGAUCCCUUGCAUCGGGACCUGAAGAUAUUCAGUCGCAAGAUGGAUCAGAUUUUACUCGCUGGGAAGUCAGAAAUGCUGCAGCUAGCUACUUGGCUGAAAUGUUGACUAAUGACGCAACCCUCCGCCCCUUAUAUGAAGAAGCAUCUAAACGUUUGGAUGAUGAACGCUUUUCUCGGAACCAUGGACGUUUGCUCAAAAUAUACUACCUGUCGCUGCGAUCACAAGCUCCAAACCAAAAACAAAGCGUAGCGGUUAAUUUCCUCAGGCCAAGAUCCAACAGAUCACUGAUCUCGAGAAAGAUUCUCGAGAGCACAGGGAGGGAAAGAGUUCACAUAACAUUGCCUCAACUUGACGAGCGGAACUUGACUCUGGAACGCUAUCUUAACAGCGUCGAAGUACGCUCAGAUGCAAUUGUUGCAGAAGUGGAAACGCCUUUGAAUAUUGAUGAGCGGAGUGAACAAGAAAGCUCCGUGGAUGGACACGAACAAGAAGACGACCAAGAUGGCCUUGACCUCGUUGAUCUCAAGAAUGCGAGAAGCUAUUUCGCCUCCGGAACAUCGCUAAUGGAAUUCAAAGCUGAGUUUCGAGACUUCCUUCACCUCCCCCGCAUGGUCGUGGAGGAGACGCAAACACAAAUGCGGAGCCAAACCGAGACGGAGACACAGCGGGGGGCCAAUACCACCAAGUCGCGUGGGUGGUAUUAUAGCGUUGCUUAUUGGAAAAGCAAACUAUCUUCCUGGCUUUACGAUACGUGUUAUCCACCAAAAACGGGAUAUCAGAGACUUCGUUACAUCUGUGAAUGCGGUGAUCACAUGUUUUUAGACAUCAAAGAGCUCGAGUCAGGCGGAGUCCAGCGAUUACGGCAGCGCUUUGUGAAAGAUGGACUUGCCAGGCUCAUUACCCCCUACGACUCAACUACCGCUCAGGAGUCAACAGCGGAUCAAGAUCCUCGAAGCAGUCUUUCCCCCCUCCCUCCCGCGCAUGUUCGGUCAGAGAGAAGUCAGUCUAGCUCGUCACGGCAGAGUUGUGGACUGGGCACUUUUUCGUCAAGACCAGGAUCGUCAACGCCGGCGUCCGACACGUCACGGUCCGAGGAAAUGGCGUUGCAUCCAGGAGGACAACUUACUCCCCAGUACUUGCUGCUGUGUGUCAAUCAAAAAAGCCUUCCGGUUUUGGACCAUAUCGACUGCAGUUCUUUCGGGAACGAUCAAUACCUAUUCCAGCAUAUCUUGGAAAGAUAUCAGACAAUACGUGAGGGAUCAACCUGGAGAAUAUCCCUGCUUUUCCCGCCGUCAGUGUGUGGAAUACUAGACAAAGCGGUGGUCUAUCUCAGGCGAAAUACUCCCAGCUGGUUGGAUUGGAUAUUCCAAUUCUUUCAGAAGCUGUCUGAGGCUAGUCUUUUCAUCAUGCACACUGGCGAUUACGUUCAGUUUCGACUCGUUCCGAUGGGAGAAUCUACCAAACCACAACAUUUCAAAUGUGGGGAAUACCCCCCUGUCUACGAAGUAUUAGAAGCGAAAAGCUAUUCGUACAAUCCAGUACCGACUGAUGUUGCGGUUGAUUCCAUCCCAUUGUGGCAUCUAACGCUCCCCGGCCUCCGACAUAGCGACAACUACUGGAUCACAACAUUUCCCAAGAAGCUUCAAGGUCCGUUACACCGCCAACCAGGAACCCGGGGAAGAGUAAUUGGGUGGGGCAUACGGAUUAAUGAGCGCUUCAAUUGGCACCUGUUUUUCUCUCUUCUUCUUGUAAUCAUGGUGACUAUCUGGGCAAUUGUGGCCAUGUAUCUUGCAUGCAGGGCCGAUGACUCUUCUGGCUUUGGUCUAGGGGCUUUGCUCGCAGCACUUAUUGUGAUUUAUAUGCCUUUUCAGUAUUUCGCUUGGAAGGAAAAGUUGGAUUGAAACUGUCAGCGGCCAGAGUUAUAGUACAGCCUAGUACUACGAUGACUUGAUGGAUUGAUUAAUUAAUUGAUUUGUUCCUGG